AUGUCCCAGGAGGAGCAAGCGGAAGAAGGCGCCAAACAAAUGAUCAACUUGAUGCAAUCAUGUCCUGGGAAAACAGUGAUUGCUGGUGUUUCAGGGUUUGGACUUGGUGGGUUCUUUGGUUUAUUUAUGGCGUCUAUGGCUUAUGAUGUUCCUAUUGGAUCCACUGGAGCUUCUCAUAUAUCAGAUUUACCCUUUAAACAACAAAUGAAGCUCCAAUUCUCCGACAUGGGUAGAAGAGCUUGGCUGAGUGCAAAGAAUUUUGGUUAUAUUGGUAUGGUCUAUUCCGGUGUCGAAUGUCUGAUUGAAAGUAUGAGAGCCAAACAUGAUAUUUGGAAUGGUGUAUCUGCUGGUUGUAUAACAGGUGCGGGCUUAUCAUUUAAAGCUGGACCUCAAGCUGCAGCUUUUGGUUGUGCUGGGUUUGCUGCUUUCUCUGCUGCCAUUGAUACCUAUUUGAACCUGGACGCUGCUCCUCCUCCAGAGAACGACUAUGACUUGUAA